CGGGUGGUACGAACUGAAACGAAAGCGAUUCCGAAAAUAACCGAUCUGUCAUAAGUUGAGAUUUCUUCAUUGCGGCAAGUUCCGUGGUCGUGUUUCAAAACGGUGUUCGAAUUGGGGCCUUUGCCCCCGCGCUCAUGCCUAGCUCAUGAUAACGAUGAACGCUCUCGUUGGAGCGCGCGAACGCACGGUUUAUUACGAGCUGAUUUAGUGUUUCGCGAGUGCCCCAAGGACAGCAAAAGCCGGCAAACUGGCGACCAACAACAGCGACAGCAAAUCAAACAUGGCUUCGUCCGCCAGGAUCGUCCAGUGUAAUUCGGCGUGGUUUCAAAAAAAGAUCAAUCUUAGGCCGCAGCACCGGGGCGUACAUCUGGUUACCGAAGAAAUCCUUAGACAGAUACCGGAAUUGUCGCAAUUCGCGAUGGGACUCUGCCACGUACAGAUUUUGCACACAUCGGCCAGUUUGGCAUUAAAUGAAAGUUGGGACCCGGAUGUUCGUGAUGAUAUGGAGAUGAUGUUAAAUAAAAUCGUUCCCGAAGACGUCCCAUAUCGGCAUUCAUGCGAAGGACCCGACGAUAUGCCCGCCCAUGUAAAGGCGUGUUUUUUGGGUUCAUCGUUGACGAUUCCUAUAACGGAAGGGAAAUUAAAUUUGGGUACGUGGCAGGGUGUGUGGUUAUGUGAACAUCGGGACCGUGCGGGUUCUCGGAAGCUUUUGAUUACGCUCAAUGGAUGCCUGCGAGAUUCGACGUGUACGCCUCUGUCUCCCGUUAGCCCCAUGGCCAGCACGAGCAGUUAGGGGCACCACUCGGGGCAUUCGCUUUCCAAGCAUUAAGCCCCGAGUAUAAACUCGACUAAAUACUUUUUUUCCAAAUUGGACUCAAAAAUAAAUUGAACAAGAUAAAAAGAGUACUGUAAGAAAAGUGCGUGCGCCCCCUUAAAAAUAUUAAAAUGGACUUAAAAAAUCUAUGACAAUAUGUACAUAGGUGGUUAAAGUAACCCUUUUUUUUAUUAUCUUAGUUUAAGGAUUUGAAUUUCUUUUAUUAGAAUGUUAUUUUUAUUUUUUGAUUAAUCCUCCAUUAAAACAGAUAAAAGAAAUAAAGAAUUUGUAUAUAAUAUAAAUAUUAUUAUACGGGUUGUGUAUAGUACGGUAACGGACUGAACCUGGUCUGUCUUCCUUUAGCAAUAUCGUAGAUUUUGAAGAGCCCCAAGCAUAAAACACCUCUCACAUGGAAAUGUAAAACCUACAAUUGUCGAUACAACGACUUUGAAUCAAGAAAAUUUACAAAAAUUAAUCACACAGGGUACGAACGUGUAUGACUGUAUUAAAGAAUGAGUAUGGAGGCCCCCUUUUUUCGAAAAUAAAGUUUAGACCGCUCGGGAAUAAAUAAAUAAAGUUUAUUUUGUAAAUAAAGCAGCAUCGUUUAACAAAUUAUUAGAUAUUUAUAAUUGGAAUCAUUGACAAUUAAAUGACGGUUAAAUAUUAAAGUGUGAUUAGGUAUCCAGAAUUUUCUUUUUAUUUAAAUAAUUCUCGAGAUUAAAUUGUUUAUACCAAAAAAAUGUUGAAUUAAACAUGAUCCAGUAUAAAUAUCUUAUAAAAUGGUUCUUCUCACGCAUCGUUUUAAAGCACGUUGUUGAGCCGCACACAACAUAAAAAACACUUAAACACACACACAAAGUAAGAAAAAUGCAUAAAAUUAAAAUAAAACGCGCGAAAUGGUUGUUUAUAUUAAAAUCAUUAAAAAAAAAAAAUGAUAAAAAGUAGUACUCGGGUUUUUUACUCGCGAUAUUUUGUACAGGUUUUUUGUAUUUUGUGUAAAAUAGAAGGAAAUAAACGGAGUUGUGUCGCGUAAUUUCAAAUAAACCAACCAAAAGAUAAUUUAAAUAAUUAAUAACAAAAAAAAGGAAUUGAAAUAAUUUUUUUUUGAGGUUAUGCGACACUUUUGAGGUUGUAAUUUUUUCAAAUUCAAUUUGGGUUAAUUUUUCGGGAUAAAACACAAAAGACGUCCAUGCAAGUCCAUAAGAAAUAAAUAAAUCCCGAUUUUCUUUAAUUAUGAUAAACAUAACCUAACUUUUUAAAACCUUGCUUGUUAAAAAACACAAUCACAAAUAAUCACUGAUCACUACCUCCUUUUCUUUUCAAACUUUUAGUUCUAAUCAUUUUAAAUUAAACUUUGUGCUUUUAAAAAAAAAUACUCAAACACGAAACACUAAAAAUCCAAAAAAACUAAAAUAAAUCAUCAAUCCAAAAUGAUGGCAUUAAUUGUUGCUUAGUAACGAGAAAUGUUUAGAUCGAUUAACGGAAGUAAAAUUUUUAAAAAAUUAAAAAGGCGGGAGAUUUGAACGUUUCCAAUAAAAUUAGAAAAAAAAUGCCUUUUAAUCGUUUAAUUUGUGUCUUUUCGUAAUAAUAUUAAUAAAUAUAACAGCUUCCACCGUUGUUUAUUUGAUUAUAAGUGCCUAUUGUUAAUUCCAAGUGAAGAAAUUAAAUAAUAAUAAAGAAAGAGAGCGUUUGCGAAAUGAGAGUUAAAUAAAUAAAUAAAAAUUAAUUUAAUUUUACACAAUUUUUAAAAAUGUACACCACCGGCAAAAAUACGGCGAUUUUGAUUUAGUUUCGAGCCGCUUUUUUGUGUGGAAAAUGCCUUUUUCCGUCCCGAGCAUAAAAUAAGUAAAAAUUACCAAAAAAAGAAAAAAUUAAAUGUACAUAGGGGUUAAAAAAAAUUGGCGGCAGUGUUUUUAAAAUUGAGCUGUAUUUUUGCCUUCGUCCUUAAUUUCGAGCUUGAGGUUAAAUAAACAAAUGUUGCGCGAAAACUGUAGAAGCGGUGAGAAAUGAAUUAAUUAAUUAAGAAAUUAAUUAAAAAAAAGAAACUAUAGUGAAAUUUCCCUAACUCGAAUCUAUAAGGGAGCGAAAGAAAACUUUGAGUUAGAGAGAAAUACUCUAAUACUUUAAUAACUUUCAAAUACUUCAAUAAAAAUACACAACAAUCUAGCGCUGAAUAAUUAUUAAAACUAGAACUAGAAAGUUUCGGGUUUAGCACUAUAUAU